GGACGGGAACCGCACCACAUUGAUUACAGCAGCAGACAGGCGGCGGCCAGGACUGCGUGACACCCCGGACAACUCAGCAGGGUCUAAACCUGAACCCGUGUUCGUGAUCUUAGCGGUACAUGGAGUCUUCAGGGUGUGGUUGGAAGUCCGAGAGAUGAUGAACCUUCUGGUAGAGGACAAGAGCGCCGAGCGGAGCAAGAGAUCAUGGGGAGGACGCACAUGCUGCAGCACACCGCCGCCCCGCACUGUGACAAUCACCGCCCUGUAAUCUGCUCCCACUGGGUCCGACUGGGAAGGAAACCAUCUGUCUGUGACACGGAGAUGGCGAGACGUCACUAGGCGCCCCGGACAACCGCUCGUCUCCAGAAGAACCAGAACCUAGGAUCUUCAUCACAGGAUUUACAGGAUCCAAAGGAUCGACAUCAAGCGAUGGGUUCCCUGAAGGCUCUGCAGGAGUGGUGCCGCCUGCAGUGCGAGGAGUACAGCGACGUGGACGUGAAGAACAUGUCCUCGUCCUUUCGAGAUGGUCUGGCGUUCUGUGCCAUCAUCCACCGCUUCAGACCGGAUCUCAUAGACUUCUCAACGCUGUCCAAGGAGAACGUCUACGAGAACAACCGGCUGGCCUUCGAGGUGGCCGAGGCCCAGCUGGGGAUCCCUGCUCUGCUGGACCCGGAGGACAUGGUCUCCAUGAAGGUCCCCGACCGCCUCAGCAUCAUCACCUACGUCUCCCAGUACUACAACUUCUUCACCAACAAGUCCCACGCCAACCCCCCGUGCAUGAAGCGGCCGGCGGGGUCGGGGCAGGGCGAGCCCGCCCAGAAGAGGCUCAUGGCCCCCCAGGAGGACACGGCACUGGAGGCUGAGCCUGCCCAGACCGGUUUGGACGCCCCGAGGCUGAAGAGCAGCACUCUGAGCAGCGCCUGCACCGCCUGCCUGAAGCACGUCCACCUGGUGCAGAGGUUCAUGGUGGACGGGAAGCUCUACCACCGCAACUGCUUCAGGUGCAUCGAGUGCAGCAGCACUUUGCUCCCCGGCUCCUACAAGAUGGGCAAGGAGUCCGGCUCUCUGAUCUGCACGCACCACUUCAACCGGCCUGCCUUAGCCAAUCAGAACGGACGGCCGGACCUGAGCCAGCGGCCCGCCGAAGCUCGCUCCGCCCGGAUUGGUCGAUCCCCGUCACGCCAAGAAGACCCGCCUCCCGAGAGCGAGCGGGAAAUGGCAGCCGCCCCCGCGGUCACCUCCCCCGCGGUCACCUCGCCCGCGGUCACCUCGCCCGCGGUCGUCUCGGCCGCGGUCACCUCGCCCGCGGUCGCCUCGUCGGAUCGGAACGUGUUGCCUAGCGACUGUCCGUCAGAGGUCACGCCGUCGCCCACGCCCGCGACUGCCCAAUCAGACGCUCUGAUCAUCGAGGAGGAGGAACCGUCGGUCCCGCCCAACCCCUUCGGGGACAGCGACGAUGAGGAGGAGGAAGAGGAGGCCAAGAACGAGGAGGAGAAGGAGGUUAUCCAGACACCAGCCAAAGAGACGUCUAACGAUGACACGCCCCCGGCCCCCGUGGGUCCCCCGGGGGGGGUCCCCCGGCCAGUGCCGGUGCCGGCGCCACGCAGGGUUCCUGAGGCCACGCCCCCUCCUCGCCCCGCCCCCAGGGCCCGCCCACAGCCCCCUCCAGAACGCCAGCAGGUCAAAGGUGAGCGUCAGAAGCCUCGGCUGCCGCCGAAGCCCCGGGAACGGUCCCACUCUCCUGGCAGCCAAUCAAUUGACUCCCCUAAACCCAAAGACCCUCCCUGGCUUGCCCUGGUCCAAUCAGAAUCAAAGAAGAAGCCGGCCCCUCCCCCCCCGCCAGCUGGCCUGGCGACGCCCCCCCGCGCGGGCUCUGUGACCUCCCUGAAGGUCGCGGGGUCGCGACCCGGCCUGCCCCCCAAGCCGGCCCCCGCCAACCCCUUCGACGAGGAUGAGGAUGAGGAAGGCGGCGUCGCCGAGGAGGAGGAAGAGGCCGUUGCCGUGCCGACGGUGGCGGCGGCUGUCCACCCGUGGUACAGCAUCACCCAGGCAACGGAGGCGGAAGCUGCGGACACGCCCUCCGGUGGGGGGGCCACCUCGCGCUCCUCCAGCCCCGGGGGGGGCGUGGCCAGGAAGAGGGCCGCCCCCAGGGCCCCAAGGGCCCCCCCGGCCCCCGAGACCCCGUCGGCCAUCCCAGCCCCCCCUGACUCCCAGCCUUCCUCUUGCUCCCCCUCCCCAGCACUGAGCGCCGAGAGCCUCUCCUCCGGCUCGGACCAUGGCCCCUCCCCCCGGGGCCACUCCCCCCGGGGCCACUCCCCCCGGGGACCCUCCCCCCGGGGACCCUCCCCCAGCCGGGGCCCCCACCUGGAGCUCCCCUUCACCAAGAGUGCCUCGGAGCCCUCCAUCAGCUCCCCCCCCGCCUCCCCGUCCUCCUGCUCCGACGAGCCCCGCCUCUCUCUAGGCUCCUCCCCUGCCGACGUGCCGACCAAUACCAGCUCGGCGCCGGCCACCCCUCAGACCAAUCGGAGCGAGGCGGCGAGGAGCCCCAGGCAUCCGCCGCCGCCGCGCCCCCCGACGGCGACCCCGAGCCCCCUGGCCUCGGAGACCCCCGCCGGCAACAGCAAGCGACCGUUUAAGGAGAACCCGUUCAACAGGAAGGCCUCUCCGUCUGACGGCGCCACGAAGACCAGACCCCCGCGAGGCCCCCGGCCUGCCAGACCGCCCGCCCCGGGACACGGCUUCCCCCUCAUCAAACGCAAGGUCCAGUCCGACCAGUACAUCCCAGUGGAGGACAUCCACGAUGAGAUGAGAGGGUUGGAGCAGCAGCUGGAUCAUCUGGAGCAGAGAGGAGUGGAGCUGGAGACCAAGCUCAGAGACAACCCCAGCGACGAGGAGGAGGAGCGCCUCCUGGUGGAGUGGUUCACCCUGAUCCACGACAAACACCUGCUGGUGCGCCGCGAGGCCGAGCUGGUCUACACGUCGAAGCAGCAGAACCUGGAGGAGAGGCAGGCCGACGUGGAGUACGAGCUCCGCUGUCUCCUCAACAAACCCGAGAAAGACUGGAGUGAGGCAGACCGCACCCGGGAGCAGGAGCUCAUGGCCGACCUGGUCACCGUCAUCGAGCAGAGGAACCAGAUCAUCAACAACAUGGACCAGGACCGACAGAGGGACGAAGAGGAGGAUAAGCUGAUGGCGGACAUGCUGAAGAAGAAAGACUUCCACAAGGAGCCCGACGGCGAGGCGAAGGACAAGGAGAAGAAGAAGAAGAAGAAAGCGGCCAAGUUCAAGCCAAUGAAGGUGUUGAAGCGCCUGAGCCACAAGGGGGACCCCAGCCAAACCCCCAGCCCCCGCAAAGACAAGAGCUGAACCCCAGGGCGUCCAAGGCCGUCCCAGGGCGUCCAAGGGGGGGGACGACUGGACCUCUCCUGUACAGUGCUAGCUAGAACCCCACCCGAUGAGUUAAGGUGAACCCCUCCCGAUGAGUUAAGGCGAACCCCACCCGAUGAGUUAAGGUGAACCCCACCAGAUGAGUUAAGGUGAACCCCACCAGAUGAGUUGAGGUGAACCCCACCAGAUGAGUUAAGGUGAACCCCACCAGAUGAGUUGAGGUGAACCCCACCAGAUGAGUUGAGGUGAACCCCACCAGAUGAGUUAAGGUGAACCCCACCAGAUGAGUUGAGGUGAACCCCCCCAGAUGGGUUAAGGUGAACCCCACCAGAUGAGUUAAGGUGAACUCCCCCAGAUAAGUUAAGGUGCGUCCGAGGUGUAAAGCGGCCCAAACCUCGGUUCACCUUCUACCAGCUGGUUGGCUAAAAGAAAACAUCAUUUUUUGUGAUUUUAAUAUAUUUUCGAUUUCGAUUUUUUUUCAAAAGCUGUCUUAACAGCUGCAGCGUUUAAAUAUCGUCUGAUAUUUCUUUAACCGACUUUUAGAUUUCAUCGUAGGCUUAAUUGCACAGUCUAACCCGUUCUCCUAAUGCCUACCUUUUAACGAUGCAACGAGUGAACACAAAACAAGAAGCAGAACACGGAAAGAAUUCAACGUCAUUUUAAUCCCGAGAGACUCCCUCGAAUGAACGGUUCCCCGAUACGAGAGGAGGACGAUUCCUUCGGUUUAGUAACAUGUGGUACGAGAACGGUUACAAAUUGUCCCGUGGUCUGAGGAUGUACCAGCUCCCGUUGUGUCUGAUGGUUUAGCGAUGGUUUAGCGAUGCUAGGCUACCCUUGUGUGUGUUGCAGUGCCCCUGUUUCUUUUUGCUGUGUUCUGUGGCAUUGAAAGGCUGACGUUAAUACGUGCUUUGAUAAGAUGUCCAAUGAUGACGGUGUGCAUAAGGCUUGUAAAAAGAGUAUUUUAAUCCUACCAAUUUCUAUUUUGGUGUGUGACUAGAGUGUUCAUAAACUAUUUUGAAUGUAAAAAAAAAAAAGACUAAUCUGCAAAUACCGUUUGAUUUUAUGUAGGGAAAGACUAAAAGACUUUAGGAUUCAAUGUUUAAGCUGCGACGAGGAGUGUCAGAAUAGCCUCCCUGAAUAUGCAACUGUUUUAAUUUAUAUUUUUACAACCUCGAUGUGUUCUGCAUCUGUUUGCAAACUGUUGCCUUAAAGCGUGUAAAACUGACCUCAGUGUUGACACUGUUAAUGUUAAUGACCGCAAGGUGCCAUCUUAUUUAAGUGUUCCUGUGUGUUGAAAGAAAUGAUUGAUACUUUGUCUCUUCUUGUACAUUUAUCUAGCGCUUCUGUUUCUACGUCUAUGAAUUUGCCCUUCAUCUUAAAUGAAUAAUGCUCCAUGCUCUGGUGUCUCUGGUCUCUACAUACGUUUGUCUCUGGUCUCUCCAUGCAUAGCUGUUGAACAAAAGCCAUCAAAUUCUUUAUUUGACAAUCUCUCCAUCUCCGUACGGUAGCCAUAUUUGACCCUAGCGCUGUGCAGGGAGAUGCGUCUUGUCAGUGUCACACGGAAGCAAAGCUAUGUGGUCUGGGCGGCUAUGCGCAGCCUGUAGUCCGAGAGGACUCCGUACGUCUACUGGUGAAGGAGGCAGGGCAGCAACACGAGUCAUGGGUCAAUGGGUUGGGUCAACGUUUGCUUCAUAGUCCUAGCAUUUCUCCCAGUUUGGUCUUUACUUCUCCCAGUGCAUCCAGUUCUCUGAACCGUUCAGGUCUGACUCAUCCUUGCGAACACCAAGUGUCUCAGAGACGCGUUUAACUAGAUGUUGUUCCUGGUUUGCUGCCUCUUCCAUCUCCUCUUGGUCCUUUAAUCCGAUCUUCUAGGAGGUCAUGUCUCUCAACGCAGCACUGCGGGUCUUAUCCAUCAGCUCCAGCUCUCGGAUCUUCUACAAAUGAGCAGGAGACAUAAAUAAAUCCUUGCAUUUCAUUGGUCAAGGAAGAUGCAUUUUGAUAUAAUGUGACUUGUAGCCUAUUACAAUUUAAAUGAUGGGUAAAGAAGCAGGGCCUGUUAUGUAUGUAUGUAUGUAUGUAGAGAGCGCUUGGGCUGAGCUGACUGCAGACAUGUUAUGUCAUUGAACACUGUACAAGAUUUACCUGUGCGAUCUCUGUAUUGAUCAGGUUGCGAUAGAGCUUCUCCUGGCCGAGAGCUGUCAUAUCGGCCAGGAACUGCCUCCGUUCUUCAAUCUCAUCCACAACUACAGAAGAUGGGGCUAAAUUUAGGCACACUUACACUUAUUAUUCAUUUGUGGACGGCUGGCAAUAAAUAUAACCUUAGAUCAAAAGAUGAAGUCAGAUACGAUUAUGUAUCUAACUUUGUUAUCAUAGCUUUGAUAUACUGUGCUGUUGCUUGGAGCUUGAGUCGAAUGUUCACAUGGUUCAGAUUAACGUUCCUAACCAAGCCUUCACUGGGUCAAGGGUUGUUGUAAAGGACCAGGUGUGAAGGCGAGAAGAAAACACAGUUAUCCUCUCUAAUCAACCAGUAGCAGGCUAGAGGCGUACCUUCCUGGAAUCCGUCUUUCUCCAUGGUCUCUGGACUCUGAGCUUCACUGCGGGAGGGUUUGGGUUUGGGUUUGGUUUCGUCUUUCCCUGUGGCGAGAAUCGAUUGCAGUCUGCUCUUCUCCUUUUCUAAAUCUCCUACGAAUGAUAAAGCAGUUAUGAAAUAGCGUGACAAUGAAUCUAAUGUCAUACUACUCAUGGAUUUUUCCAAGAAAUGUACUUGCAUUUAAUUGAAGUAUAUUAUAUAUGUCAGUCAUAUCAGGGAGACGCAGAUGUUUGCAUUUUUUUCAGCUUCAUUCAUUUGAGUCUACAACAUGAAUAUCAAUCUACUUUUAGUUUUCCACUGGCUCACUGGCUCCCAGUGUGUUUCUAAGCAGUGUUGCUGUCUGUCCACUGUCUCCCACUGGCCAGGGCCUUCCUGCGGUAUUGAUGGUGUUUAAACGGGGAGCUGGCGUUCUUUGCUCAGCCGCUGCGAUAGGACAGUUUAUCUAUUUACUUUUUAACCGUUUGAGUUGAAGGUGACCUGCGAAAAGAAUUUAUGAGCAUCAGGUGGUAGCUUACACCUGGACUCAGGUCAAAGGUCUAAGCCACAGGCAUAGACUGUAAAAAAUCUAAAUCUUGGUGUCUGUGCUGCUGGUCUGUUAGUUUGUUAAGUGACAAACAAUAUAAUGCUUUUUGUGUUCUUUCUCCUGGACAACUGUUCUCGGUACAGACAAUACAAUACAGUCAGUGACGGAAACCUUCAAAAUAA